AUGGGGCUCUCUUGCUGCACCUGCCUGACACCGGUCUCUGAAGAGCUAGAAGAAGGCGGAGAUCUGUACCCCGUUCCGACGAGUGAGCGGCAUCGGAAGAGUCGGCAGAAGAAGAACAGCAAGGGAAGCGAAGUGGUGGUGCCGAAGGGGGUCAAGAUCCGUUCGAAUCCUUACGCAGAAGAUCCCUCCGCCUCGCCUCAUCAGAUACAGGUUCUCAAGGAUCUGAUCCCUCUGCACAGCGUCAGCGUCCGCGUGGGAGACAAGUAUGUGCUCGGCCGCGAGCUAGGGCGGGGCGAGUUUGGAGUCACCUACCUCUGCUCCGAUCGAGUGACCAAGGAGGAGUACGCCUGCAAAUCGAUCUCCAAGAGCAAGCUCCGUGCCGCCGUCGAUGUAGAGGACGUCCGCCGCGAGGUCGCCAUCAUGUCCGCCCUCCCCCAGCACCCGAACAUCGUCGGCCUCCACGCCGUGUACGAGGACGCAGACGCUGUUCACAUCAUCAUGGAGCUCUGCGCCGGCGGCGAGCUCUUCGAUCGCAUCGUCAGCCGCGGGCACUACUCGGAGCGCGCCGCCGCCGCAGUUCUUCGGACCGUCGCGGAGGUCAUCCGGAUGUGCCACGCCCACGGCAUCAUCCACCGCGACCUGAAGCCCGAGAACUUCCUCUACGCCGACAGCUCGGAGACCUCUCCGCUCAAGGCCAUAGACUUCGGCCUGUCCGUCUUCUUCCGCCCCGGGGUCCGUCUAUCAGAGAUUGUGGGCAGCCCUUACUACAUGGCCCCGGAGGUGCUCAGGCGCAACUACGGCCCAGAGGUGGACAUCUGGAGCGCCGGCGUCAUCCUCUACAUCCUGCUGUGCGGCUUCCCCCCAUUCUGGGCAGGUCAGCGCCAGAAGAAGAACCUCGUUACUCGCCACAACCCCAUCUGGAAAUUUCCGUUCGGCUGGUUCAUCUGCUCUUCCUAGAUACAGCAGAACAGUUUCAGUUUUUUCCAAGAUCUCAGAUUAUUCUUUUCUCCUCGAAUUUGGCUCCAAUUCUUCCCAUCUUCCUCCUCACUGGGUGGCUGGGCAUUGCAGAGAAUGAUCAAGGAGUCGCCCGGGCAAUUCUUCGCGACCCUGUAGACUUCGAGAGAGAGCCUUGGCCCCAAGUUUCUGAGAGUGCAAAGAAUCUUGUCCGGCAGAUGCUUGAUCGAGAUCCGAAUCGCAGGUUAACAGCUCAACAGGUGCUUGGUAAGUCAUCUUUAGCUCUAAGUUUGUUCUUCUUAGGGUCACCUGCAACCAUAUUAGGCUUUAAACCUCCAAACUCCUGAUUGCCCGACCGUCAAUUUGACCUCCCAAUAUCUGGGUACAUGAGAGCUCGAUGUGCGUUUGUUUGUCAACUAGGAUCAGGUCCUUUUCACAUGUUACAAAGCAUUUUCUCAUUUAUUUCUGGAAAAAAAAAAGUUUGGCAUUGCCAGUGCUUUCCCCCCCUCUAAAUGGUACAAUCAACAAGUCUACAAAAUAAAAAUAGGGAAAAUAUGGAAUUAAAUUUUCUCGUUCGUAUAUGUCAAGGCACAUAUUUUUUUAUAAUUUCCUCCCAUCAAAUCAUGCAUGUUUAAUGCAAGGGUCGCAUGCUAUUUUCUCUUAGAAGAAGAAAGGAUGUCAUUUGUUUCUGCCAUGUGAUAAGCACAAAACGGUCUAAAGUUGAUUAAUGGGUGGAGCUGAAAUCAGAUAUUAAUAUUCUUUGAUAAUUAUAGGCUACCGCUUAGCAAAGCAACCUAGCAUCAGAUAUUAAAAAGGCAUCAUAGCUUUUUUCUCCAAGGUUAGAAACUACUUCUACCAGGAAAAAUCAUGAUAACUCUAAUGUUUACCUUUUUCAAAUGGAUAAAACCUCGACUUCGCAGAAUAUAGUGUUCCGUACAGUGUUAGGUCACAAGGAUAUAUGUGGUUCAGUCUCAAGGAUAUAAAUGGUUAAUAGGUAGUUGAGUGUUGCAUCAAGCAGAGCCCAAUUGUGAAGGUUAAGUUUCUGAUAAAAGUGGAAAUGAUUCCAGGUAAAGGCUCACUCUUUCCUUGCAAGGAUUGUAUACCCUAUCUAGAUGGAUAUUGAAUGGAGAAACAAGCAUUUAUGAAUAGGAUACGAGUGAAACAUAAAGUGACAAACGGAAUUCACCUCUUUUGGAUUAUAAUUCCCCUCUAUCGCCCUCGCCAAAAUUGCUUGGAUGGGCUCAAUCAGCCCAUAUUAUUUUCUAAGAAGAAAACGCUCCAGGGGGGUGAUAACACUAGAAUUGCCAAAAUGGCACCUGCUAACACCACUUUGUCCCCGCUCAAAGAGAGUUACUGAUGUGGUUUGUCUGCGGUUUUUGACUCGAUUGGAUGGCUUUUGAGGUGGACACCUGCCAUUAAUCUCCCAAGGGAACAUGAAGAUCCUGGUUGUAUCCUGAGGCAGCUGGAGUCCUCAUUGAAUGAGCGCAACUCUAGCCACCAAUGGGCCACCCUCUUUCGUCCCCAGAGAUCGAAAGAAGAGAAGCAUUUCCAGUGAUCAUUUUCUUGAUCUUGGCCGUUGCUUCAGGAUAACCUGAAGUCUAUUAUCCCCAUACUUCACUGAGCAGAGUAAAUAUUGCAAGAUGCGCCAUGGGAUUAUCAUAAAUUCCGGUAAUCCAUGGUUAUGAUUCCAUCAGAAGAGACCAGGAACUGGGAUAGUGGAGAUGCUUCAGUAAAAUAUUUUUUUUACUGCCCCAUUCUGAAAAACAAGAGGGCGCCGCAUGUUUACCAAGUUCAUGCGAUGUCUUCAAACGGAGUGGGCCAUCUGGGAGUGUUUGCUGCUUGCCACUGAUGGUCAGCACGCUUCUGUUGACUUUUAUCUGAGUUCUCAUUAUUUUUCACUGCAGAAUCAAACAUGUUGACUAUUAUCCCAGUUCCUGCUGUAUUCGACGAACUCAGUGGCAGAAUCAUUUUUCACUUCUGCCGGAAUAUUUGGGUAAUCUCGAGCUGAUAGAUGAGAUGUUGUUGCUGGUCAAUAUUUCCUUGUCGACUGAGCUAGAGUCAACACUGGAUGUUUUAGGAUUGAUAUGAGGUUUGCGUUGACCCUAAAGUUAUGUGGGUCAGGAUGCUUCUGUUGAUUCCAUUCUCUGAGUUCUCAUCAUUUUUCACUACAGAAUCAACCAUGUUGACUUUUUUUUUGCCCUUGGUCAAAAUAUUCACGCGGUAUUAUGAUCUUGUAUCUGUUAAAUAGCUUUUUUCCGAUUGGGGUGACAAUUUUACAGCGCACCCGUGGUUACAAAAUAUGAAGAAGACAUCGAACGUUCCAUUGGGAGAUUUUGUGAGAUCAAGGCUCAAGCAGUUCUCUGUGAUGCAUAAAUUCAAAAAGCAGGCCAUCAGGGUUAGUCUCCUUCCAUCUGAUUUCCUGAUAUGCCAAAUAUCUGAUAUAUAUAUAUAUAUAUAUAUAUUUAUAUAUUUAUUUCCAUAAAACCACGACUGCCAGUCUCUUACUAUUUGAUUUCCUGGUAUUUUAAAAUAUUUUUUAAAAGAAAUCGAGGGGGUUCUAUGUCAAUUAUAUUUCCUGAUAUAUUAAGUAGCUAGCGUUUGCUUCAGUCUUUUUAAAAGUUAUUAGUCGUAUCCGAAUCAGGUAAUUGCUGAGCACUUGUCAGUGGAAGAAGUGGAAGUCAUCAGAGAUAUGUUCGCUUUGAUGGACACCGAUAACAACGGGAAAAUAACGUUUGAGGAGCUGAAGGUCGGCCUGCUGAAGGUCGGCUCCAUGCUGGGCGAGACGGAGAUGAAGAUGCUGAUGAAAUCAGUAAGCAUUUCCCCUCUUCUUUUUCAUCUGAUUCAUGUUCCAGAGAUAUAGAUAGAUAGAUAGAGGAGAGAGAGAGAGAGAGAGAGAGAGAGAGAGAGAGAGAGAGAGAGAGAGAGAGAGAGUACCAGUUGAGCAUCAUUUAUCCUUAAAAGUCACAAAUUUGUCAAAUUACCUUGAUUCCUGGAAGCAAUCCUUUUAUAUUACGGUGAUCUAAAUAAAUAGUCAAGGUUACAAGGAUCUCACCAGACUUCUCUUCAGGCGGACACCGACGGCAAUGGCGUGUUGGACUACGGGGAGUUCGCCGCAGUCUCCUUUCACCUGCUGAAGCUGGAGAACGAUGACCACCUCCGGAAGGCUUUCUCCUUCUUCGACCAGGAUGGCAGCGGCUUCAUCGAAUUCGACGAACUCAGAAAGGGCCUGACGAACGGCUCUGCUCUGAUCGACGACAAGACCUUGGGAGACAUCCUUCGAGAAGUCGACACUGACAAGGUGCUCUCUUCUCUCCAUCCCAUUUUCUUCCACGGUCGCAUCAUUCCAUUUCGUCCAUUUGUCAGCCAGUUGACUUGGCCCGGGUGGUCAACUGCCGUGUGGUGCAUGGAGGAUAGGCCACCUGGCCAAUUGCUCAUUUUAGAAGACCAAUCCCUUAUUGGUACGCCCGUUGACCAUAAUCCCAUAUUAGUUACCCUAUAAGAGGAAAAGCCUGUGAGUACGAAAAUUUUCACCCUUUGUUCAUUGAAAAGUUCCAUAUUGCUCAUUAUAGAAGAUGAAUCCCUUAUUAGUAUGCCCGUUGACCGCAAUCCCAUAUUAGUUACCCCAUACGAGGAAAACCUGUGAAUACGAAAAUUUACACUCUAUGUUCAUUGAAAAGUCCCAUAUUGCUCACUAUAGAAGACGAAUCCCUUAUUAGUAGGCCCGUUGACCAUAAUCCCAUGUUAGUUGCCAAAGAAGAGGAAAAUCUGCGGGUUCAAAGAUGUGCACUCGCUGUUCAUUGGUGGUGUGGGCUUUGAGGCUAUUUGUCCCGUUGACUUUCCCACUCCGUGGUCAACGUUCUUCGUGGGGCCAUUGCAGGAUGGCCGCAUCAGCUACGAGGAAUUCGUUGCGAUGAUGAAGGCCGGCGCUGACUGGAGGAAGGCCUCUCGACAGUACUCCAGAGAGAGGUUCCGGAGCAUGAGCAUGGACCUCAUAAAGGACGGCUCGUUGAUGAUCGGCCAUGAAGGGCUCGAACCGGUUGCCCCUCAAGAUCAUGGAUCUUAUCAGGCUCAACGUGAGUGA